AUGAUGAGACAGGUGGGGGGAGGGGGGGGAUUAGUGCUUCCAGACUGCGCGCGAGAGGUGUGCCGUUUUUCACGGUUUUGUACAUUUACGGUAUCAUAUGUGCACCAAUGCAUGAAGGAAGCACAGACAGGGAGCUACGAGCAGAACGAUACAGUAAAGUUUACGUGGGCAAGUCGAGGAUUGGCUGUCGAGGGGUGGCUAUCGUCCGCUGCUCACUCGCCCUUGUCAUAA